UGAUUUUUUUUCUCUCCUCCCAUCCCCUUUCAGGAUUCUGUCGAGAGCCUUCAACAGAGCAUGAGCCACCUACCGCUACAGAUGUGGAGCAGAUGAGUUCCUCCUCUCCUGUUCUUCCCGUGAACUCCAUGGGCAAUGACCGGGUUGAUCAGCGAACCUGCCUUAUCUGUGGAGACAGAGCAACAGGUCUGCACUAUGGUAUCAUCUCCUGCGAGGGCUGCAAGGGGUUUUUCAAGCGGAGCAUUUGCAACAAGCGGGUUUACAGAUGCAGUCGAGACAAGAACUGCGUGAUGUCACGCAAGCAGCGAAACAGAUGCCAGUACUGCCGGCUGCUCAAGUGCCUCCAGAUGGGGAUGAACCGGAAAGCAAUCAGAGAAGAUGGCAUGCCAGGAGGCAGGAACAAAAGUAUUGGACCUGUCCAGAUUUCAGAGGAGGAGAUUGAAAGAAUUAUGUCUGGGCAAGAAUUUGAGGGAGAAGCAAACAUCUCUUGGAGCAACAAUGGAGACAGUGAUCACAGUUCCCCGGGGAAUGGAGUUUCUGAGAGCAACCAGCCAUCACCUGUUUCUACUCCAUCAUCAAGUAGGUCUGUGGAGCUGAAUGGAUUCACUGCACUCAGGGAUCAGUAUAUCGGGACGCCAGUGUCCACGCACUAUCAGUACCUACCGCACCUUUUUAGCUAUUCUGCUCACUCAGCUCUGAUGCCCCCCCAGGCCCGAAGUCUAGAUCCCCAGUCACAUAGUCUUAUCAAUCAGCUAGUGUCAGCCGAGGACUUGGAACCACUUGGCACUCCAAUGCUUAUCGAAGACGGGUAUAAAGUGACUCAGGCCGAGCUGUUUGCCUUGCUGUGUCGCCUGGCGGAUGAGUUGCUUUUCAGGCAGAUUGCUUGGAUUAAGAAGCUGCCGUUCUUCUGUGAACUCUCAAUCAAGGACUAUACUUGCCUGCUAAGUUCCACAUGGCAGGAGCUGAUUCUGCUGUCCUCACUGACGGUGUACAGCAAGCAGAUCUUUGGUGACCUUGCUGACGUGACCUCCAAGUACUCGCCCUCCGAUGACGAGCUGCACAGAUUCAGUGAAGAGGGGAUGGAGGUGAUGGAGCGGCUGAUCUACCUCUAUCGCAAGUUUAACCAGUUGAAAGUCAGCAACGAGGAGUAUGCUUGUAUGAAAGCCAUUAACUUUCUAAAUCAAGACAUUAGGGGCCUGACCAAUGCAUCCCAGCUGGAGCAGCUGAACAAACGGUAUUGGUACGUGUGCCAGGAUUUUACAGAGUACAAGUACCCGCAUCAGCCAAACCGGUUUCCGGAUCUCAUGAUGUGCUUGCCAGAGAUACGUUACAUUGCAGGAAAGAUGGUGAAUGUUCCCCUGGAGCAGCUGCCCCUCCUUUUUAAAGCCGUUCUACAUUCCUGCAAGACCAGCGUGAGCAAAGAGUGAGCCCUCAUUUCCCCCAACCCGUGCCUUACUCUGGUGCUUCAGGUGGGGAGCUGGCUCACGCAGAGAAGAAGGGGGAAAAACCACAACACAGGCAGGAGGGAGAGGCUGAGACAGGGCAGUGGGUGGCCCUGCCAUUGUAGCAAGAAUCAAUUUUUUUGUUUUGUUUUUGUUUUCUUUUGUUUUGUUUUAAACUCUUUUCCUAUGUAUUUAUUUCACGACAGAGUUGAAUGUAUGAUCUUCAACACAGUGCACAUGGUUCUGUAUGAAUGCAGCAGAUGCAUUCUCUUGCAGUUUACAGAAUGUGAUGUUUAAUGUUACAGUGUUUGUUAGGGUUAGUUCUUUUGUAUUUGGGGGGCUGGGGGCCGAGAUGACUAAGACUACCUCAAGGAGAAGAUGCUGUUCACGUACUGCUCUUUCCAUGAUUUGUACCCAAAGUGUUUUGCCCUUGAGAGCAAACUGCCUCCCAUCAUUGGCAGCACUGCUAGCAUCCCAAACGUUGGACAGGAGUGAGCAUUAGAGAAGUGCCAAGCUACGGCUGGAGCAGGGGGAGAGGCUCUUUAGUUAGCUGACAACGUGUUUUCAUCAUCAGGUUUGAAACGUGUCCCGUGAUGAAUGGGAUCCCUCUAAAGCAUCCCAAGGCUGGGCAGGGUGCCCUGCUCAUGUUCCCCCUUCCUGAGCGAUGAAGGAUUGCCUGAAUUGUUCUGUUUCUCACCACCUGUUACAUGAUUAUUUCUCACAUUAGUUUGUAGCAGCCUUCCCCCAGUAAAUCUCACUGCGUGGGUGCACACCCAUUUUAGAGUCUCAGAAACACCCCUACAAUGCUCUCUCCACGGCUGUAUCUGGCCCAGAGUUGAACGAUGCCAGUGAAGAAGAAUCCCCAUUACAGCAGUUGCAAGAAGUUCACACCUAUGAGUGUGUAAACCGCUCCCCCUCACAAAUAAAGUCAGGGCAUGCAACUGCGGAGAGGAGGCUACAGUCUCCUCAGACAUUGGUGCCCACUGAGCUGUGGGCAAUGUCUGGCUGGUGAUUCAUAGAUUAUAGAGUCAGAAGGGACCCAGUGGAUCAUCAUGUCCGACCCCCUGCCCCUGGCAGGAAAGAGGACUGAGGUCAGACGACCCCAGCCAGGUGACUGUCAAGCCUCGUCUUGAAGACCUCUGAGUUAGGUGACAGCAUCACCUCUCCUAGAAGCCCAUCCCAGAAUCUGGCCUCCCUUACUGUAAGACAUUUCUUCCUAAUGUCUAACCUAAAUCUACUCUCCACUAGUUUGCACCCAUUAUUCCUAGUUACUCCCA